GUUCGCCAGCGCGCCCGCGCUUCGCGAGAACAGCUCGCAGCUUUGCACCGGGCGAUCUUUGCGCUGCCACAGUCGGCAGAGUUCGAGGCGUCCCUGUCGGCGAUAUCCCAUUUAUCUGAUACGCUCGCAGGGGAGAUUGAUUCGAGGAGAAAGGCAGGCAGGAAACGGCCCAGACUGGAGACCCUGAAGCGGAAGACGCAUCCCGUGUUUUUGACCCACGCCCACGACGAAGCCGCCAUGCGGCUGAAAAGCUAUUGCCCGAACAGCUCCACCCGUGGGAGAUCGUCCACGAUCCAGAACCACGUGAUUCGGAUCCACGCCAGUUUCGAUUCGGAGCAAUUCUUGACUGAGUUACAACCGCUUCUGAGGAAGGAUGCAGUAACAAUCGCUCGCGCCAUGGUGGCAGCUUCAGAGGAGGCCAUUGAGCAGAUUGUUCUAGGCGCCCGCCAGAUCGGCCCAGCCUGCACGACGGCCCGCGUGAUUCACAUGAUCGUUGGCGACGGCAUUCCGACUAAUGACUCGGCAUGCAGGCGGUUGCUGCAGUACUAUUCCCAGAGAGCACCCGAGUUGGGCAUCAGGUUCUGGCUGUUCACGCGCUGCGCGUGGGCUUUACUCCUCAUGGACAUGUUGGGGGUGCCGACCUCACUGUUCAAGCUGGACAAUAACAAGCCGCAGAAGGGCGAGGUGCAGGAGCACACUGCGAAAGACCUGGCCUCGUCGUUGCCCAUGCUGGCUGUGGACCGAUCCAUAGACGUCGUUGAGACAGUGGCUGGGCCAUUGACAACCCAGUGCCACAGAGUCAUGCGAUUCGAGGGCCGCGCCAUGAACUACAUGGCACUGGCGAGGAAAGAAAUGCCCCAUCUUGUUCAGAGGCCCCGUGGGAAGCUCAUGUACGAGGCGGGGGCGACGCCCGAGGAGAUGCGGCAAGCGAGCCACGUCGGGGGCCCCGUGGCCUUCAGGGAGUGCGUGGAAAAGAAUGAAAGUCGUUCAAAAGCCGAGGCGGAUUUCGCUAGCGCGUCAGCGCGCGCGGAGCGAACGCCGCGCUUCACGGGCGCCCCAUUCACCGACCGUCAGUGGUUGGCCUUGUUUGAGAAAAACGAUGAUUUCUUCACCCGGCAGAUGCGCGAAGCCACUGCCUCGCGGAAGCCGCUAUCGAGCCGUUUAGCGCCAGCGGGGCCGAUGCCGGCUGCGACGCGCCUGCGGCCCCAGGCCGCGCGCUCUUGCGAGCCGAUUGUGUGGGUCAGGAAAUUGCAGUCGCGCAAGCGCGGGUUUGCGUCGCUGUUGUGGUCGGGCCCGUCGCCGCGCAAGGCGGUCUUCUUCUUCGCGUCGCGCGCGGGGGGCCUGCGGUUCUUGGCGCUCCUGAACGACCCCGCGGGCGUCAACCAGUUUCGCCUACCGGCUGGGCUGGGCUGCGCGACCGCGCGCCUCGAGGUCGACGUUUUCCUGCGCGCGCCAGACGCCGGGGGCCUCGGCGCGGCGGCGGCCGACGUCGUCGAGGCGCGGGCUGCGCGGCUGGAGCACGCGGGCGCGCGUGAGAGGGGGGUGCACUCGAAAGUCGCAGGGCGAGAGAAGAUUCCAGUCCCGACGGCGCCGCCGCGGGCUGCAGGGGGGACUCGCGACGACGACGUGCUGGCAAGCGACGGCGACGAGCAGUGCUUCCAUGACGACUCUGACGACGCCAACAGCGUCGUCUCUGAGGUCGACCCCGCGGCCGAAGAGCAGGUGCACGAGGAGGUCUCCGAUGAUGACUCAGGUGUGGGCGCAGAGGCACGGGCGGCCCCUGGGUCAUAUUCCAAGAACAACGGCUACUUCACUUUUACAGACCACCCAGCUUAUAAUGACAUUCGGGCCCAGGUCUUGCCAACGUGGGCCCGCAACCCUGCAGGCGGCGGCAUGGGGAAGAAAGGGUUGCAGCAUCAGGCCACUGUGCACCACUACGACGACGACCCAGCCAACCCGCGCAUCACCAUGAUGGUCUUGCGCGCGUGGAUGAUCAAUCGGUUCCAGCAGUGCGGGUUCUCCGAUGCUCGCGAGGACCGGCGGGCGUGGCUCCGCCGAGGGAUAGUCUCGCUGCUGCGGGACAUCCGCUCAUUGGGCGCCCACGGCGGCGGCGCGGGCUCGGCGAAGGCCGACGCCAAAGUGAUCGCCGCCCGCCUUCUUGGCAAGACUGACCUGCCCAUGCUCAGUUCCCAGGUGCAUCCGAUCGCCUCGCGCAAGGGCGGCGGCUACACCAUGAGGGGCGCAUCCAUGGGGAGCUGGGUUCACUCCGUGAACAAGGGCGACGCCGACCCGAUCCAGAGAGCGGGCAGAUCUCUCCUCGCCCGGUGCCCCCUCGGCCCAACCGUGGCGGCGGGGUCGCUCGCCAUGGCGCUCCUGCGCGCGCCAGACCUGGCGGAGUUCAUCGCCGAGCACCUCCCCCUGGGCGCCACGCCGGGGCAGUUGGUGGACGCGAUGGGGGCCUACAAGAGCAACGUGAAUGCGAAGGGUGCCAGAUUCGUCCAAGGGCGGAGGCUUCCGAGAGGCCGUAAAAGCAAGCACAAUCUUGAUUUCAACAGCCUGACGCUGGCGGGCGUGGCGGGCGCGGCCGCGACGCGCGCUUGCCAGGCGCCCGUCUUCCAGGGGGUCACGGCGGAGUGGAAGGCGGCGGCGGCGGGCCUGGUGGCAGCCUUGGGGACCUGCGUGUUCAAAAGAGGGGUGCGGCUCAUGACCCCGCGCGUCCUCGGCCAUUUCGUCGGAUGGGGCCUCCUGCUCGGUUCGGGUCUGGAAGGCUUCCUGAAGGGGGGCCCUAGCGCGGCGAAGUUUCGCCGGGGGGCCGCCGCCGACAACGACUCGGCGGCGCGGAAGCACUGGGGCGCCCUGGCGGAGAAGGGCGCCCUCGCGGGCGCGGAGCGCGAGCGCCCUGCGGCAGUUCCGGUCGAGGCGUGGCCGGGCAUGGGAUGCAAGGCGGCGCGCGCGGCCCAAACUUCACUCACGCCGACAAGGUGUCCGACUGGAAGGCCGAUCGAGGGCGCGCCUCGGAUGCCGGAGCCUCCGGCCACGAGCCGCGAGAAGAGGCGCGCGGGCGCCGAGGAUUUGAAGGCCUGGUGGCCCCGCCCCCGCAAGGGGAAGCCAGCGCCUCGCGGCGAGCGUGGCCCAGGCAGCGCGGCGGUGCUACGCGUGGCGAGCAUGUCGCCGACAGUCGUCGUCAUGGCGACGCCGAUCAGUGAGGCCGCUGUGGCAACGGCCAUGGACCAGGUGCAGAUCACGCCAGCCGUGAACAAGGCGAGCAAGCGCACCCGUGAGGCAAUGCAGGGGGGUGUCCCGACCAUUGGCCCAGAUGACAUGGGUAACAUCAAGUUGGCGGCUGCGCCGAAGCAAGCAGGGAUGAAGUACGCGAAGCUGGCAGGCUUCAAAGAAUGGAAGACGACGAUCUCCCAGGAGGAGGCGCUGGAGGAGGUCGUUCUUUGCGUCCUCAAGUCUCGAAUGCCAGAUUUAGACAAAGACGUCGAGGCUGCCCCGUGGCUGAUCUCCCCCGAGGAGGCGACGGGGAACAUCGACAAGAUGGCCGACUGGUUUGUGGACGAGACGUGCAAUUGCACGCGCGAGCUUGGCGGCCGCGUCAAGCGUUGGCAGUGCGCCUUGAAGCGCUCGCGGUCGUCGCGUCUCGACCCUUGCUCGAGGGCAGGCAGGAGCCGGCCCACGCAGAGGGCGAUGGCCAGGCAAUUGCCGAGCGAGCGUCAGAGCAAAGCGUGCUUGACCCGAGCGGAUUUCGUGGAAGUCGCUGUCGAGGGGGCCCGCGAAGCGGCACUGGCCCGGGGAGCACCUCGGCGUCGCAUCGGGGAGGAGGGGGGCACCGGGGCAGAGGGGCCUGGCCGCGGGAAAGCGAAG